AGGAACCCGGCGGGCGGGCGGGCUUCGCGCGCAGGUGGCUCCUCCUCCGUCUCUCCUGAGCCCCGGCACACUACCGACCUGCGAAGGAUCGCCUUUGUGCGGGGCUCCGGGAACCCACGACGGCCGCUGCGCGUCUGGAUCCAUUGUUUCGCUUCUGUCUCUUCCGGGCAGGUGUCGGCGGUGCGCGGGGCCCGCACGUGUCACAGCGGCGGCUGGAGCGCUGGGACCUGCGGGCGGGCGCCGGCAGGGGCGUCCCCAGGCGUGCGCUGGGAGAUGAAGUACCUGAAACCGUGGUGGUCCGAAGGCGGCGGCCUCUUGCAUCUCACCAUCCUGCUUAGCUUGGCGGGGCUCCACCUGGAUCUGGACCUAGAUCUCUACCUGGUGCUCCCGCCGCCCACCCUGUUCCGGGAUGAACUACUGCUCGGGGACUGCCAGACGAAUCCCGCGUACGCGCCCAGCCUCUUCCCGGCCGCGGGAGGGUGGGGGCGCACGGACCACCUGCACCCCAAAGGCCGGGAGCCAGACCCCGCGGCAGAACCCGAGGGCCAGCUGUUCCGGGAGGUGCGCACGCUUGGGGUCCCUUUCAUCCCCCGCACCCGCGUGGAUGCGUGGCUAGUGCACAGCGUGGCGGCCGGGGACGCCGACGGGGCACAUGGGCUGCUCGGCGCCGCCGCCGCAUCUGCCUCUUCGGCCGGAGGAGUCGGCACUAGCGCGGACAGCGGCAGCCAGGCUGCUCCGGGAGGUGGCGAGGACCCCCGAGCAGCCCCGAGUAGCCCCUUGGAGGAAGAGGAGGCACCCACGGAACCGACGGCUCAAGUGCCGGAUGCACGCGGACGCGCAAGCGAGGACAAUGAGGUAUUAAGAGCUAUGGGUCACAGUUCCCAGCAGGAGGAAAAUGAGCAAAGAGUAUCUUCAGCCCAGAAGGAAAAAUCACUACAUCAGAAGAACGAAGAUGAAAAUAAAAUAGCAGAUAAGCCUGAGUGGGAGGCAGAAAAGACCACUGAGUCUAGAGAGGAGAGACAUCUAAAUGGGACUGACACGUCUUUCUCUCUGGAAGACUUACUUCAGUUGCUUUCCUCACAGUCUGAAAAUUCACUGGAGAGAUAUCUAUAUGGGACUGACACAUCUUUCUCUCUGGAAGACUUACUUCAGUUGCUUUCCUCACAGUCUAAAAAUUUACCAGAGACACAUCUAAAUGGGACUGACACGUCUCUCUCUCUGGAAGACUUACUUCAGUUGCUUUCCUCACAACCUGAAAAUUCACUGGAGAGACAUCUAAAUGGAACUGACACAUCUUUCUCUCUGGAAGACUUACUUCAGUUGCUUUCCUCACAGUCUGAAAAUUCACUGGAGGGCAUCUCACUGGGAGAUAGUCCUCUUCCAGGAGGCAUCAAUGAUGUCAUGAAUUCUUCAGCACACUAUCAUGUAAAUAUUAGCCAGGCUAUAAGUCACGAUGUAAAUCUCCAUGAGGCCAUGUUGCUGUGUCCUAACAAUACAUUUAGAAGAGAUCCGGUAGAAAGGACUUCACAGCCACGAGAACCAUUUCUGCCGUUGAAUUCUCAUACCAUCAACCCUGAGCAGACCCUUCCUAGAGCUAAUUUGACAGGGUUUCUUCCACCUGUUGACCAUCAGCUAAGGAAUCUAACAAGCCAAGACCUAUAUGACCUUAAUAUAAACAUGUUUGAUGAGAUAAAUUCAGUGUCUUUGGCUACAGAAAGUUUUGAUCCACUGGAAGUUUCUCACCUUUUCGAACAACCAGAUUCUGACUCUGGGCUUUCUUUAAAUUCAAGCCACAAUAGUAUCUCCGUCAUCAAGUCUAAUUCCUCUGUGUGUGAAGGUGCUAUAGGUUCUAGCAGUGACUUGGAAUCUCCUUCCCACUGUGCUUUAGAAGGGGCUGUAGGAGGCUACUACCCGGAGCCCAGGAAGAUUUGCCAAGUGGAUCUUAGGAGUGAUUCUGGUUUUCACCGGGACCUUGCAUUUCAACAUGUACUCCAUGACCACACUUACCACUUACAGCCAAGUGCACCAGAAUCCACCUCUGAAUCCUUUUCAUGGACUGGGAAGUCACACAAAAUAAGGAGUAGGUACCUCGAUGACACGGACAGACAUUUGAGCCGUGACGAACGCCGUGCUGAAGCUCUGCACAUCCCGUUUUCUAUAGAUGAAAUUGUUCACAUGCCUGUUGAUUCUUUCAACAGCAUGCUAAGCAGACACUACCUGACAGAUUUACAAGUGUCACUCAUCCGUGAUAUUAGACGAAGGGGAAAAAAUAAAGUUGCUGCUCAGAACUGCCGUAAGCGCAAACUGGACAUAAUUCUGAAUCUAGAAGAUGAUGUAUGUAACUUAAAAGCAAAAAAGGAAACCCUCAAGAGCGAGCGUGCACAGUGUAAAAGAGCUAUUAACAUAAUGAAACAGAAGCUGCAUGACCUUUAUCGUGAUAUUUUUAGUAGGCUAAGAGAUGAUGAAGGUAGGCCGGUCAAUCCAAAUGAAUAUGCUCUUCAAUUCAGCCAUGACGGAAGUGUUUGGAUUAUACCCAAGGAACUGGUGACCUCACGCCACAAAAAGGAAACUCAAAAGGGAAAGAGAAAAAGUGAGAGAAGAAAUUAAAAAUGGAUUCCAAACCAUUGAAACUGCUUCAAGGUUUACCUCAAGUAUUAACGUAUCUUUUAAGUACUGCUGCUUGAAUCACUCAGUUAACUAUUAUUUUGAAGCUUACAUGGACAAGUUUAGGACUUCAAGAUCAGAUUUGUGGGAAAUCUGGGGAAAGCCCCACCUUCCCAUGAGGUCCUCCUGCAUCAUAUGCACAAUUUAUAAAUAUGUACAAAGAGUAGGGUAACGUGAAAAUUUCAUGACUAUCCAGUCACUUUGGUAGCCUUUUUUAGUAAGACAGUCACUUCAAAAGUAGCAAACACUGGAUGUAAUUAUUUAAAAACAUUUUUGACUUGAAAUGCUAAGAAGCCUUAACAUUCUCAUUUAGUUUGUAAGCACUGAAGUAUAGUGAGCUUUUCAAAAGCUAUUUUAAAUGUUGUGAAUACAUCAAUUAGAACUUUUUCUCUGGGAGUUUUAUACUUGAAUUUAUUUUUUAAAAGUUAACAUUUCCCUUAUGUACAGAAAUUCUAAGCAAAUUUACCUUGGAUAUUUUCUCCUCCAAAAUACAUCCAGGAACAGAGGUAAAUACCUAGCAAGUACAGCAGCAUGUUGGUAGACUCCAUCCAAAUUAACAUCAACGUAGUUCAUUAAACUGAUAAAGGGAAUCCACAUCACACUUGGAUUUAAAGAAUACUGUAUGAAAUAAACUAUAAAUGGCCAAGCUCUAAACCAUGGCGUCAAAAACAAAAAAUGGAACUUUUGCAUUAUGCUCUGACCAGAGGGCUCAGUUGGUUGGAGUAUCCUGUACACCAAAGGGUUUUGGGUUCAAUCCCUGGUUGCCUCCCAAUCGAGGUUUCUCUCUCUCCCUUCCCUAAUCAGUAUACAUAUCCUUGGAUGAGGAUCUUUUAAUAGUGCAUUAGGCUUUACUGGCUGAGAAUGAAGACCUCUAAUGUCACAGGUUUUAGAGAACAGAGCUACCUGUGUAUAAACAGAACUCCUGAGCAAGUAAAGGCAGCCUGCAGGGAAGGCUUCAUCCUUAACAUGUGUCUCACAAAAACAGCUUAACGUGAAAACAUUACAAGCCACGCUUGAAUACAAACCAACAGUAGAGGAAGAGUCACAGAAGAGCAUAGCCUCUACAACCAAUGAGCUGGAAAUACUGAAACCCUAUGAAAUGGGA